AUGAAGUUUCAUUUGGAGAAUCCACCGCAGCGCACCGUUUCUUUGGAGCGCUCGAAACAGCUCCGACGGCAGUCGAUGUCCAAUCUACCCGGAACACCGACAGACUCGGAGGCAACUGGAACGACUCCAAAAACAUGUCCCUCAGUGCUGCCUACUCAUUGGCCCUCGACGAAUGAACCGACAGAGAUCGUUCCAGGAGAUCUCGUCUCAGAGUUGUGUGUGCCCGAAGUGGAGCGGUCACAGCUUGAGCCAUCGUCCUCACACGGCCUCGCACCCAACAGAGCUACACUGGCUACCGUAGAUAUCAACGUUCCCUUCACUCCAUCAUUCCUUUCCGAUGACGGGGACUGGUCUAUCACAUUCUCCGGGUGCAGCUAUGAGCGAAGUCUCCAGCGAGAUGGCUCCAUCAGCUCUCUUUUCCGUCAAAGCAUACCUCACGACGUGAUGUCGUCGCUUGGUAGCCCGGUCCUUUCUCGACCUACAUCCCCUUUUGCAUCUUCCCUUUGUACCAAGUCUGAGGAGUUCUUCGGCGUUGAACUCCAGUGGAAGGGUAUAAAAAACGCCACAACGUCCCGUGUCUCAACGUCGACCACAGUCUACUCAAUGAAGAGUGUCAGCCUUCGUAGACAACAAUUGUCUCUGAAAAGAAAAGCGCACCAAGGAGCAAUGAAAAGGCAACAGAGGGCAGGCGUUAGAUGCCUCCCACCCGUCCCUCAACAAGAACAGCCAGCCGAACUCCCUCCUUCAAGCGUAAUGACGACAAUGACGACAACGACGACAACAGUGUGGACUCAGCCACAACCAACAACAUUCGCCGGAGGUCCAACGAACAGUGCUUCGCCGGUAUCAUCACCUAGCCAUCGUCCAUUCCCUGCCAUUCCUAUCCCUCCACGGUCUAAGUCUCGGCCGCUGCCACCUCGCCCUGUGCCUAGCUCGUCUACGACCGUAUCGCCAGCGCCAGUUGCCCCGCUUCAACCUAGACGGCUACUCCUGCCUGGCUUCAACUGCCAAUUUUUAGAACCGCCAAGUGUUUCUCCGAUCGUUGGGAUGGUUAAUGGUAUGCUUUUGGAGUCGAGAAGUGGCUGA